AUGGAUUAUAAGAAAGGAAAAAGAGGUGCCGAUAUUAAGAGAGCAAAUACCAAAGGAUCAAAGCUACCAAAACUGUCAGAUAAAAAAACAUUAAAUAAUGAAAAUCAACAAGAAAAUGUGAUGCCAAAAUUUGGGAAUGAUAGCACAAUCUUGGAUCUGAUGACACCAAUAUUUCAAAAAUCAGAACCAGACAGCAUAAUCCGGAUUGGAGUUUUGGAUCUGGAUGAUCCACUCUUUCUAAAGGUUCCAUACAAUAAGAUCAAAGAAAGAUAUUCAAUGAAACUAAAUCAAGAAAUAGAGGACUCUGAUAUCAAUGAUAUUGUAUUUAAUCGUAUAGAGAAUAUAUCAAAAUUAACAAAUAUUGAUGGUGCAAGUUCAAUGUUAAAAAAUUUUUACAAGGAUGAUAACGUAUUUGGACUUGAUCUAAAUGAUGCUUUACUAUCUUUCAUUCGAAUCAUAUUUGAAACAAUUCUCAGAUACUUUAAAUUAGAUCCUCAGUAUUGGAAUCGAGAACAUUCAGAACCACACAUUACUAGUGGAUUAUUUUUUCAUACAUUUUUUAAUUUAUUUUAUGGUACCAAUUAUAUAAUAGAGUCUAAUAAACCACUUUUUGCAAACAAAGUCAGGAGAAACAAAUUUAAAACAUUGGAUGAUAAUAUAGACCAGGCCCUUGUUCCUGAUAUAGUUAUUGAAUCAUUGUUAUUUCGAAGAUCUGAAGUCUUAAUUGUUGAAGGUAGCAAAUACAAAGAAAGUGAAGAUAUAAAAAAAGAACUUUCUGAUACUGUAAAAUUAUGUACCGAAUUACAUGACAUGCUUAAUUUUAUAAGUGAAAAGGCAAUUUCAGAAUCAGACUUGGAUCAAACUGAUAAGAUUAAAGUGCAUGGAGUUAUAGUUUCUGGCAAGUGA